AUGGCACCAAACCUCUCCCCAGCGCACGAGGCGCGCCUUCGUCUCUUCCUCGACGAGCAGAUCGGACACCUAGAGCGGGAUACGAAGAAACACAACCUCGAGCUCGCGCCGCUAGUCCCUCGCCUGAGAUCCCUGCUGGGGGCCAUCCUCGCCCUCCCCGACUCCCUGUCCGGCGCGAGGGCGGCGUACUUUCUCACCUUCACCUCACUACUGCUCGACUCUACCACGAGCCUUCCGCUAAUGACACUUCCUUCUUCAGCAACGGGGACGCCGGGACCAGACGGGACUCCAGCACCAGGAGAAAGUAUGGACGAAGCGGAGGAGCUGGAGAGCAAAGCAGGCGAGAUCAUGGAGGACUACCUCAAGCUCCUGGACGAGGUGGACGCUGCUUGGCUUGCUCUCCUGACUGGGAGUGGGUGGCACGUCCCCCGCCGUUUCUCGCAGGCGAUCUAUGAUGGCGAAGAUCCGUUGACUCUGGAUAUGUUCCGAGGCUCGAUUGGGCAUGCACACUCCCACCCCCACUCGCCUCACUCUGAAUCAGCGCAACCGUUGGUCGACCCAACGUCACAGAUCCGAUUGCGCAGUGUCCUGCAGCUGGGCAAGGAGAAGGUGCUCGCUUGGGCGCGGCCUUAUGGCGAUUUCGGCGGCGAGGUGCUGGGACCAGCGGGGGAUGAGGGGCACGAGACGACGGCCGAGGAGAGGGACGGGUGGGAGGGGUGCGUGCUCCGAUUAUUCGACAGACCGCUCGCCGAGAUUGAGAAGCAGCAGGGACCUGUUGGACCGAAUGAGGGGUUGCCACUCGGCGGACUGCCCGAGUACGAUAUCCCGCCGUGUCCUAAGAGUGAUGAGGAGAAGGACGGGGAUAGUGAGGGAGAGGGGGACGAGGACGAGGAGAUGGAGGAAGUGCAGGUUUAG